GGGCGGGGGAGAGUUAGGAAACGAACGGCCGGUUAUCGCGAGAGCGGCUCAGGCCAAGAUGGCGGAAGAGGAGGUUGCUAAGCUGCAGAAACACCUGGCCCUUCUCCGCCAGGAGUAUGUGAAAAUGCAACAGAAGCUGGCAGAAACAGAGAAGAGAUGUACCAUGCUCGCAGCCACAUCUACAGUAGAAAAUGCCAGUGACUCCUUUGUUUGCCGACUUCUGUCUAUUGUGUCUGAGCUUUAUCAGCAAGAACAAUACAGUGAUCUGAAAGUGAAGGUUGGGGGAAAGUACAUCAACGUUCACAAGUUUGUUUUGGCAGCACGCAGUGAUACCUGGAGCCUGGCGAAUCUUGCUUCUACUGAUGAACUUGACCUGUCAGAUGCAGAUCCAGAAGUAACUAUGGCAAUGCUCCGAUGGAUUUACACAGAUGAACUUGAACUGAAGGAGGAUGAUGUAUUCCUCACUGAACUAAUGAAACUAGCUAAUAGAUUUCAGCUAUAUCUCCUCCGAGAAAGGUGUGAAAAAGGAGUAAUGUCACUCGUUAAUGUUAGGAACUGUAUUCGCUUCUAUCAGACUGCAGAGGAGCUAAGUGCAACUACGUUGUUGAACUACUGUUCUGAGAUUAUUGCCAGCCAUUGGGAUGAUCUGCGGAAAGAUGACUUCAGUAGCAUGACUGCACCUUUGCUGUAUAAAAUGAUUAAAUCAAAGACGGAAUACCCUUUGCAUAAAGCCAUCAAAGUCGAAAGAGAAGAUGUUGUAUUUCUCUACCUCAUUGCGAUGGACUCCCAGUUGCCUGGUAAACUGAAUGAACUUGAUGAUAAUGGAGACCUGGCCUUGGAUCUGGCACUGUCUCGACAGCUGGAAAGCAUUGCAACCACGUUGGUUAAUAACAAGGCAGAUGUUGAUAUGGUUGAUAAGAAUGGCUGGAGUUUGCUUCACAAAGCUAUCCAAAGAGGUGAUGAAUUUUCAGCUAGUUUCCUAAUUCGAAAUGGUGCUCGUGUGAAUGCAGCUACAUAUGGAGAGCAGGAGACACCUCUUCACCUCGUGGCCUUGUACAGUCUUAAAAAGCAUUCAGUGGAAACAAUGGCGGGAAUGGCACGUAUUGCACAAGCACUGGUGGAAGCAUCGGCCAAUUCAAACAUGCAGGACAGCAAAGGGCGGACACCUUUACACACCUCUAUACUGGCAGGCAAUGAGUAUGUUUUCACACAGCUGCUGCAAUGUAAACAAUGUGACCUGGAGCUGAAGGACCAUGAAGGAAGUACAGCACUAUGGUUAGCACUCCAGGAUAUAACAGUAGACUCUGAUCAGUCGGUGAAUCCAUUUGAUGACGUUCCAGUUGUGAAUGGUACCUCGUUUGAUGAGAAUAGCUUUGCUGCAAAACUUAUUAAGCGGGGUAGUAAUCCAGAUGCUCCUGAUGCAAAAGGGAAUUGUCUAAUGCAAAGAGCAUCGGAGACUGGCAAUGAAGCUGCUGCACUCUUCCUGGUUGCUCAUGGGGCUAAGGUUAACCACACCAAUCACUUGGGUGAAACUCCCCUCCACACAGCGUGUCGUCGUGGCUUGGCAAAUCUCACAGUAGAACUACUGCAGCAUGGAGCGAAUCCCAACAUCCAGACCAAGCGACCACUUUCUGUUGGUACAGGUGUGUCGCAAGACUCUAUGGAUGGUCUCUCCCUGCAGACACCGCUUCACAUGGCAAUAGCACACAAUCAUCCUGAUGUGGUGUCAGUGAUACUGGAGCAGAAAGCAAAUGCACUUCACGCGACCAGCAACCUACAAAUCAUUCCUGACUUCAGUCUCAAAGAUUCAAGAGACCAAACAGUCCUUGGGCUGGCUCUGUGGACAGGCAUGCAUACAAUCGCAGCUCAGCUGCUGGGUUCGGGGGCUGCCAUUAAUGACUGCAUGUCAGAUGGUCAGACUCUAUUGCACAUGGCAAUUCAGAGACAAGACAGCAAGAGUGCCCUCUUCCUCCUUGAACACCAAGCUGAUAUAAAUGUUCGAACCCGUGAUAGUGAGACAGCUCUUCAAUUGGCCAUCAAGAACCAGCUGCCACUUGUGGUUGAUGCUCUUUGUACUCGUGGUGCAGAUAUGUCUGUCCCAGAUGAGAAGGGGAAUGCACCACUGUGGUUAGCCCUGGAGAGUGGACUUGAGGACAUUGCCUCCACCUUGGUUAGACAUGGCUGUGACGCAACCUGUUGGGGUCCUGGACCUGGAGGUUGUCUGCAGACUCUGUUGCAUCGAGCUAUUGAUGAAAAUAAUGAAAACUCUGGUUGUUUCCUCAUUCGCAGCGGGUGUGAUGGAAACAGUCCAAGACGACCUGGUCCCAAUGGUGAAGGUGAUGAGGAGGCACGUGAUGGACAGACACCAUUGCACAUGGCAGCAAGCUGGGGCCUUGAAGAAAUAGUGCAGUGCCUUCUGGAGUUUGGAGCUAAUGUAAAUACUCAGGAUGCCGAGGGAAGGACUCCGAUCCACGUUGCCAUUAGCAACCAGCACAGUGUGAUCAUUCAGCUUCUGAUCUCCCAUCCUGAUAUCCGGUUAAACAUACGGGAUCGGCAGGGUCUCUCACCGUUUGCCUGUGCUAUGACCUACAAGAACAACAAGGCCGCGGAGUCUAUCCUCAAACGGGAGCCAGGGGCUGCUGAACAGGUUGAUAACAAGGGACGGAACUUCCUUCAUGUUGCUGUACAGAACUCUGACAUUGAGAGUGUGCUGUUCCUGAUUAGUGUGCAGGCGAACGUGAACUCACGAGUGCAAGAUGCCUCCAAGCUUACACCACUGCACCUGGCAGUACAAGCAGGCUCUGAGAUAAUAGUCCGCAACUUGCUGCUUGCAGGGGCCAAGGUGAAUGAACUAACGAAACACCGUCAGAAUGCUCUCCACCUGGCAGCUCAACAAGACUUGCCAACUAUCUGCUCGGUGCUUCUGGAGAAUGGUGUGGAAUUUUCUGCUGUUGAUGAGAAUGGAAACAAUGCUCUUCACUUGGCAGUUAUGCACGGACGCCUGAAUGUAGUGCGUGUCCUGCUAACCGAAUGUAGUGUUGAUGCUGAAGUCUUCAAUCUGAGGGGGCAGUCACCUAUGCAUGUCUUGGGACAUUAUGGGAAGGAAAAUGCAGCAACCAUCUUUGAGCUCUUCUUGGAAUGUAUGCCCGACUACCCAUUGGAUAAGCCAGAUUCCGAUGGUAACACAGUCCUGCUCUUGGCUUACAUGAAGGGAAAUGCCAACUUGUGUCGGGCCAUUGUUCGAGCUGGAGCGCGUCUGGGAGUUAACAACAAUCAGGGGACCAACAUCUUUAAUUACCAGGUGGCCACCAAGCAGCUACUCUUCCGGCUCCUAGACAUGCUGUCCAAGGAGCCUCCAUGGUGUGAGGGCUCGAAUUGCUUUGAGUGCAUUUCCAAGUUUGGAGUUACCAUGCGGAAACACCAUUGCCGCCAUUGUGGACGACUACUCUGUCACAAGUGUUCGCAGAAAGAAAUUCCCAUCAUCAAGUUUGAUUUGAACAAGCCUGUGAGGGUGUGCGACAUUUGCUUUGAUGUGCUGACACUGGGUGGUGUUUCUUAGUACUUGUUGGAGUUGCCAUUGCAAUUAGUGUUUUAGCAACACUACACAGCUUUUCCAGCAGUGGGAAACUCAAAUUGGACUGGCACCUUUCGAAGAGAAGCCCAAACACUUGAGGGACUGCAUUACAUUACUCGGAUUGAAAUUAUGCUGUUUGAUUCUCUAAUGUAUUAAUGGACUCUGACAUGAAUGGGUGGAUGUGUAGCCAUGUGAAUGGAUCAGAAUUGACUGCUGGUGCUUACGGCUGGGGUUAGAUUUGACCCUAUUCUGAUUAGGGUUGUGUGGUAAAAAUAUUCCGGACCUGGGGACACUUCAUGUUAACACACACUCUCUCUCCAGUUUCUGGUCUCAUUUUGUACUUUCUUUCGAUCCAGUUCAUUAAUUAUAGAUAACACUUUUCCAUUCCCAACUGUAUCCAUAGGUUUUGUCCAAUGUCGUCUUGAUACAGUAAAAGAUGUCAAAACUUGACACAAUAUAGACAAGCUGGUUUGGGACUGGGGGUGAAGGCAAAUAACUUGAGGGGUUUGACUUUUUUUUUCCUUAUGUAAACUCUACCUGGUAACUGCCUCAGUUUGAUUUUGUCAAGUUUCUGAUCUGCAUUGAUCAUCUGAUCAUAGAUGACAGCAGCUGAAUGUAUGAAUCCUUGGUUUGGGUCUCUACAAGAACCAACUUAGUAACACUAACACUAAUUUAGAACAAUGUUUUAUUACUGAUAGAUGUGUUUGCGCAUUUAAAAAGGGAAGUGCUGCCUAUUUUGACCAAGUGAAUGGUCAUGUACAUGAUAGAAUAUGGUCUCUUUUAAACUGGAAUGAGAGAGCAAAUUUUAAAAAAUCUUCAUGUAGCCUUUGGCAAUCUUGUACAAACAAUACUUUACAGUGGCUUAUAAACUUCCCAGUUUUAGUUCUGUUUUGCCCAAAUGCCCAUUGUAUGGAGCAGUACAUGCAGCACUAACUCAGUUUGCAACUUGUCCAAGUGUCACUUAAUGCUGAUAAUUGUUCCGUCAGGUAUCUGCGGGGUUGGGGGUGAAAUGGCUACUGCUCACUGCAGGCCCUCAGGGGAAAACCAAAACAAGUUGGAGCUCUUUCUUUAACUAGCUGGUGCUGGGCACGCACACCGAGGGUCUCUGUGUCUAAAAUAGACUAGGAAGCCCUUUUUAGUUAUGCUGUGUAAAUAGAUGUUCCUGGAGGGGAAAGUGUUAAAUUUGGACCACCGUUCUAACUUGUGUUGUCACAAUGAGUAAAGCACUAUUCUAAGGAUUGCCACUUGACAGUCAUCAAAAUUUGUGUGAAAUAUUUUCAGACUACCAAUUCCUGUAUUUUAUGCAUUUUGUACUGUGCUAUAUAAUGCUUCAAGAUAUUUUGAUAAUGUUCUGCUUUAUUGCGUUAUCUUGAUCUGUUCAGGUAUAAAGCCUGUUGCUGCAAGUGAAUGUGUGACCAGCUGAAAUUCUGCAUUCACAUCCACUGUAUAAUUCUGCACUGUACUGUGUAUGUUAUUGCUUUUUUUUCUGCUCCAGUGAAUGGGAUGAAGGCUGAAUCCAAUCUUUUUGGAAGAGUUUGUGUUUCUGUUCUUGGCUGAGGUCAGCAACUGUUGGAUACACAUUCCAUGUAUUCUGAUGUUGGUGCAUUUGUGAGCAGAGCUGAAUAAUGUAAUGAAGCUGAUCUGAAUAAACUAACAGAUAUUUGGCUAACA